GGAGACAGUGUCAAAACCUUUUGAGCACCUCAGCUGGGCUAUGCAUUAUGCAUACUUUCACCUAUGAUCUCAUUUAGUCACAACAGUCAGGUGAAGUUGGUAUUAAUAUUAUCCCCACUUUACAGAUGCAGAAACUGAGGUUAAAGACCUUGUCCCAGGACACACAGCUAGUAAAUAGUAGACUUAAGAUCUAAGCUCAGAGUUAUUAGACCUCAAAGCUCAUGAUUUGGAACCAUUAUAAAAAAUUUGCAAAGUCCCCAGUAGCAGCCCAACAGGAUAGAAAGAUGUGAAGGAAGCCUCUUUUCCAUUUGUUAGGUGAAAAAACAGGGUGGAUACUCUGGCCUCCAUCCUCGACUCUGUAGACUCCCCCACUCCCUUGCUGUCAUCUCUCUUGUAUGGAUGAAGGAACACAUUGCGUGUGGUCCCACAGACCUGCUGCGAAUCUUGCUCCACCACCAGGGGCUGUGUGACUUUGGACAGUCAUCUUGCUUUUCUGUGCCUAUACGUGGCCACAGAAUUCCCAGCUGGUUGAUUUGAGGAAUAGGAAGGAAAAUGUUGCCCUGCCCAUAGUAGAUGCACCAGGAGCCACAGUUCCCACACAACAGUGGAUCUGCAUCAUACUUGGCCGCUGAGACCAAUCCCCCGUGGCCUUGUAUUUAUUUAGAGCUUUGUUGUCAGGGCCGGGAAGUGGUAGUGCCUGACCGGGGUAUGUGGCCACCUAUGACUUCCUGAGUGGGGCCCUGAGGAGCGCCCUGAGCAGUGUAUGGCUCUGAAGCCUUGGACUUGAAAGGAGAGGAGGGCCCUGUGUUGUCAUCAAGACUGGUGAGGAGUGCCAGGGGCAGGGCCAUCAGAAGCCUCCUGCUACCUCUGGCUGCCUUGGCCCUAAGGUUCCAGAAUCUCAGCGCUUAGAGGAACCUUGAAGACCACCUGUUGCAACUCCUUUCUUUACAGACGGGGUAACCGAGACCCACUGUGAGGAAGUGACUUUUGCCUGAGACACUGGAGAGGGCAGAGAUUGAGCGCCUGGAACUUGCAUUUUUGGACCUGCCACCAGGACCUAGGGAUUUCCACCAGGGCAAAUGACUGGGCACUCCUAGAGCCUUCAGCCAGCAUCCAGGGGGUUUUUUCACCACAGAGGGUAAUUCCUGCCCCAUCCCUGUUGUGAUUCAGCUGUGACGUUGAACCACACAAGUCAGCGAGAAGAUAAAGUCAUCAGACUCCUGCUCACCAGAGAGGGUGGCCCACGCCAGAACUCACUUCUCUCAGCACAGACUCCACGGGCUGGUUCCCUCCCCAGAGGAGCUUAGUCGGGCUCCUGGCCAGCCUGGGAGCCCGGGAUGGCCUCUGGCUCAGCCAGCAGCCCCCGCCCAGCCCCUGAUGAGAACGAGUUUCCCUUUGGGUGCCCUCCCACCGUCUGCCAGGACCCACCAGAGCCCAGGGCCCUCUGCUGCACCGCCUGUCUCUCUGAGAACUUGAGGAACGGCGAGGAUCGGGUCUGUCCCAAGUGCAGAGGAGACGAUUCCCAAUCUGUAAGCCCGGGGAGCCUUAUGUCUCAGGAGAAGGAUCACCCUGAGGUGGCUGCAGAUGGAGUUGGGUGCCCCUUUGCAGGUGUUGGCUGCUCCUUCAAGGGGAGCGCAAAAUUCAUGCAGGAGCAUGAGGUCACCUCUCAGGCCACCCACCUAAACCUGCUGUUGGAGUUCAUGAAACAGUGGAAGGCCCAGCUGGGCUCAGGCCUGGGCUCAGGCCCCAUGGCCCUGGAGCGGAAUCUAUCAGACCUGCAGCUGCAAGCAGCCGUGGAGGUGGCUGGGGACCUGGAGGUGGACUGCUACCGGGCACCCUGCUCCGAGAGCCAGGAGGAGUUGGCCCUGCAGCACUUCAUGAAGGAGAAGCUCCUGGCCGACCUGGAGGGGAAGCUGCGCGUGUUUGAGAAUAUUGUCGCCGUCCUCAACAAGGAGGUAGAGGCCUCCCACCUGGCCCUGGCUGCCUCCAUCCACCAGAGCCAGCUGGACCGCGAGCUCAUCCUAAGCUUGGAACAGAGGGUGGCGGAUUUGCAUCAGACACUGGCCCAGAAAGACCAGGCCCUGGGCAAGCUGGAGCAGAGCCUGCACCUCAUGGAGGAGGCCUCCUUCGAUGGCACCUUCCUGUGGAAGAUCACCAACGUCACCCGGCGGUGCCACGAGUCGGCCUGCGGCAGGACCGUCAGCCUCUUCUCUCCAGCUUUCUACACUGCCAAGUACGGCUACAAGUUGUGCCUGAGGCUCUACUUGAAUGGUGAUGGGACGGGAAAGAGGACCCAUCUGUCGCUCUUCAUCGUGAUCAUGAAAGGGGAGUACGAUGCUCUGCUGCCGUGGCCUUUCCGGAACAAGGUCACCUUCAUGCUCCUGGACCAGAACAACCGUGAGCACGCCAUUGACGCCUUCCGGCCCGAUCUGAGCUCAGUGUCCUUCCAGCGGCCCCAGAGUGAAACCAACGUGGCCAGCGGCUGCCCGCUCUUCUUCCCGCUCAGCAGGCUGCAGUCGCCCAAGCACGCCUACGUGAAGGACGACACCAUGUUCCUCAAGUGCAUCGUGGAGACAAGUGCUUAGGCAGCAGGGACGAGAAGCCGCACCUGCGCCCUGAGGGAGCACCAGCCCAGACUCCGGAGGUGCCACGAUCCCCAGGCACAGGGAUAGGCUGGGUCUGGCAUGACCUGAGCAGGGCUGACAGAUUGACCAUGGUGGCCACCAGCUUCGGGUGGCAGGACCUUGGGAUGGGCCCCCAAAGGCAGAGGGUUCAGAAGAAGGUGGUGGCAGAAUUGUUGCCUCUGCACUGAACACACAACCCUGGAGGCCUGGCCGCUACUCCAGCCCUGAAUAUUGAGGUGGACUCUGACCAGGAUGGGGAGGGCAUGGGGGUCAGGCCUGGGACAUGAAUGGCCAUCUGGAGAUAAAGGACCUGAGCCUGGGAAGGUCCCUGCAGGGCCACCAGGGAGAACUGGAAA